GACUUUAAGGAUGCUCAGGAAGGUGGACUCCAUAACUCGCUCCGGAAUAACCUUCUUAACCCUGCGGUUAAACCGGCGUCUGGGAAAGGGCUGGAGUGGCAGGUGCCCGUUAUCUCCUGAACCGACUUGACCUUCCUUGACAGGCAAGAGCAAUGACUAACCUGCCUACCGCAAAACGGCGGAAGGGCACUGCCGUCUUGGCAUUGUUCAUUGCUUAAGCGAGGACGUUUUACUGCUGGAGGAAGAGCAACAGGAAAGCCAGAGCCAGCCAGCGACACAAAGGGAGCCACCUCUCCUCGUCGCCAGACCUCAGGCUCACUUCACCAUUCCUCUCCUGGCUGGCUUCUUUGAAAAGAGCGCGCCUUCUACCACCUGCUCUCCGUGGGAUUAUUCAGGACCUAACGGACUACCAUGGCUUCUGCUAACACUCCAAAGAAGAGGAGAACAGACAAUCAGUCUUCAGAAGAAACCCCCAUUUAUGUUCCCAACCCACAUCUUGAGAAGAUGAAAGAGGAUGUCCUGUAUCAUUUUGCUCUUGGGACUGGUACCCAUGAUUUCCCUGCUUUAUUUGGAGAUGUAAAGUUUGUAUGUGUUGGAGGAAGCCCUUCACGGAUGAAAGCUUUUAUCACCUACAUUGCUGAAAAGCUGGGAAUUGGCAACUCUGGUUGUGACUUUCCCAAUAUUUGUGCAGGAUCGGAUCGCUAUGCAAUGUACAAAGCAGGCCCUGUGCUGGCAGCCAGUCAUGGAAUGGGGAUCCCUUCAAUUGCAAUCAUGUUACAUGAGCUCAUAAAGCUGCUUUAUCAUUCCAAGUGCUCUAAUGUAACCAUCAUUCGCAUUGGUACAUCUGGUGGAAUAGGUUUGGAGCCAGGAUCUGUGGUGAUCACCAAGCAGUCUGUAGAUGCCACCUUCAAACCUCAGUUUGAACAGGUCAUCCUGGGGAAGUCUGUAAUUCGCAACACAGACUUAGAUGAGGAGCUGGCCAAAGACCUGUUGGAGUGUUCCAAAGAAUUAGAUCAAUUCAACACAAUCAUUGGGAAUACUAUGUGCACUCUGGAUUUUUAUGAAGGUCAAGCUCGCCUUGAUGGUGCAAUCUGCUUAUAUACUGAAGAAGAGAAACUGCAGUAUUUACAGGCAGCUUAUAAGGCUGGCAUCCGAAACAUUGAGAUGGAAUCUUCUGUUUUUGCAGCCAUGUGCAAUCUUUGUGGUAUCAGAGGUGCUGUGGUAUGUGUCACACUUCUGAACCGACUUGAAGGCGACCAGAUCACCACACCUCAUGAUGUACUGAGUGAAUAUCAGAAGAGACCACAGAAAUUGGUGGAACACUUGAUUAUGAAGCAACUUGGGAAAAAGUGACCUUCUUUAUACUGUACAUAGAAACUCAGGAUUUCUUCAAAUCUGAAUUUAUGAUGAAAAUGUACUUUAUAACUGCAUUCGCAGUAGCACUGAGCUUAAUUCUUCAUAGCACUAUGUUGUAAUUCUAAGACUCAACAGGCAUAAUUUUUAAUGAGUUACAAAUAUUUUGAAGUCUGAAUAUAUUAUAAAAUCUACUAUUAAGAGGAAACUGUGUUGAUUCAAGUCCUAUUGAAUUUGAAACCAGUGGAACAUGAUUGUUGAAUGAAACCAGUAGAACAUGAAACCAAUUUGGUCAUGGCAGACUUGUUCUAUUGAAAGCAAUGGGACCUUCAGCAUGAUCCUAUGCAUGCUGUAUAGUAAGAAGUAAGUCUCAGUGGCUGACAUGUUUCACAGUGCUAUGAACACAGGAGAAGCAAAGAGACUGGCAUGGAGCUGUAGUGCAGCCUUGUUGUGCAACCCAGCAGAGUGGGAGGGGAAGCAAUUUUUAGUGCUUGCUUCUCCCUCCAGAAGGACUUUUCAUUUCCUGGAACAUGUCCCUGAGGAUUACACAACCAUCAGGGACAUAUUCCUAGAAGUGAAAAAUAUUUCUGGUGUGAGGGGCACUUGCUCCAGAAAUCACUCCCCACUCCACUGCAGCUGGACUGUGCAACAAGGCUGAUGCACAGUUGUGCAUCAGCUUAUUUUCAAUUCCACAGUGCUUCUUCUGUACCUGUAGCACUGUAGAACAUGUCAGCCAAUGAGUUCAGUGGACCUUACUCCCAAGUAAGUGUGUCUAAAACUGUAGCUUUAGAAACAAUUAACUUUAGUUGACCCAAGAAACUUUAGUUGACUCAUAGAUUUCUGUUGUUCAUGACUCAGCAAUUUCCCCAGAUAAACUCAUGUGAUUUAUUUAACAUUGAACAUUAUAUUGAUAUUUAUAUAAUGGAUGUUUAACACACCAAAGCAGCAAUUUUAUUAUCAACAAGACUUGCAGGUUAUUUUCAUAUUGUUUUUGUAUUUAAAAAUGUGCGAAUUUAUUGGUUUUCUAAGUAUUUAUUGCUGCUUAUGUAUCGAAAAAGAGACAGGUAGUUCCAGGACAGAUAUUCAAAGAAGUGUCAAUUUUAAUCAAUUUUAAAAUAACUGGGAACCAAAUUUGGGGGUUUAAAAGACCCCCUUUUAUUCAAUGUAUCCUCAUAACUAUAAAGAAUAUGCUUAACUUUUACAUCUAUAAUGUCCAGGAUGCUUAACCCUGCAAAACAACCCCACCCCCCAACACCCACCCCCAACAUUUUGCAUUAAAAAAAUCUGAGUUCCGCAACCUGCAUAUAUUCCACACACUUUGAAUUCAUUCUAUUUCAGCUACUUUUGUGAGAAGGGGGCCAUCGCUCAGUGAUAGAGCACACGAUUUGCAUGCAGCAAGUCCCAGGUUCUAUCUUAGUAUUCCUACUAAAAGUACUUUAGGUGGUAGGAAUGGUAAAGAUCCUUUUCUGCCUGAGACCUUGGAAAGCGACUGCCCAGCAGAUCAGACAAUGCUGGGACUAGUGGUCUGACGCAGUGGAAAGGCAGCUUUGAAUGUUUAAGAAAACACAUGUAAUAAAGCAACUGCCAUUUGAUUGCA